AUGAGUACCCAUCCAGAAUCAUCUGAUAGGCCCGCAAAUACAUCACCGACUGACUUGACAAAUCUGGGAGAUCAACUGCGUGAAGUUCUAAACCGAUUUAAUGAGCUGAGCGGUGGAAUGAUGGCCCAACGGCGAGUAAUAGAUCAAUUGGUAGCUAGUGGUGCUAGCGGUGAACAACAUGAGCCCCUACCUCCUGGCCAAUCUGAACCACAACCCAUAUUUUUACCUUAUGUUCAAACCUCUGUUACUUCACAAGUCAUAAACCCACCUGAGGAAGUCUUUACUUAUCCCACUCAUGGCCCACAACCUGCUUAUGCACCUUACAUCCAAACUAACCCUCCUCAUGUCCAAAUUCCCCAAAAUUAUCCGCCAAUUACUAUGAGCAUGCCAUUCGAGCCACAGGGACCUUAUUAUUACUCUACCGCUGAGCCAUUCACCCUAGAUACCGCUGUUCAAGGGAAAGUUGAAACCGGGGAGUCAUCCGCACCGGUGGAUAAGAAUUUGCUAAAGCGAUUGGAUCGGUUUGAGGAGUUCAUAAGGAAAAGCCAAGGCUUGAACAAACAAGGAGGUUUAGACUACAACGAGCUGUGCCUAUUUCCGGAUAUGCAAUUGCCCAUGGGUUUCAAAACGCCCAAGUUUAGCAAUUUAGAAGGUGAUGCAUUGGACUGGUAUUCCAAUUUGAAACUCGAGGAUAUGAGGACGUGGCUGGACUUAUCAACUGCUUUUGUAAGGCAAUACGAAUACAAUUGCGAGCUGGCUCCAACGAGGACCACAUUGGAAGGAACCAAGAGGAAACCAUCCGAGGACCACAAGACAUAUGCGAAAAGAUGGAGGAAAUUGGCCGCCAAGGUGGAACCCCCUAUGAUUGAAGAUGAGAUUGUUCGUACGUUCAUCAAAGCUCAUGAUCCGCCCUACUUUGAGGAGAUUUUUCGCAUGACCGGGUGUUCAUUUGCAGCAAUUAUCAAUAAGUUGGAGGAAUAUGACAAAUACGUCAAAGCAGGGAAAAUUGUCAAUGUAUCAGCUUUAAAAUCACAGUUGGACGCCUUGCAAGGUCAAAGUAGUAACAGAAGGGAGCCUCAUCUCCAGAAGAAAGAGGAGGAAACUACUUUUGUGUGGGGCCAAGGACCAUUUUCAAGACCCAGAUCCCAACGUUACCAGACGUAUUCAUUUCGCUACCCAAACUCACGCCCUGUUUACCAUACUACCACUAAUCACCCUCGACCUCAGCCAAACCAUGCAAGCCCACCUACAAUAUCCUUCCCAAUGACUCAAAACAAUCCUCAAAUUCAAUCUCGUCUACCUUAUAAUCCCAGACCUGCUCCACCAAACCAACAGACUUACAACCUUCCUCAAACCAAUAAAAUACAAAAACCUGGUCGAUCUCGAACUUUUGCCAACUUAGGCCGACCCAUUGACCAACUGUAUGAACAGCUCAAGGCUGCCGGUAAAAUAGAUGACAUACCUCCUCCAAACUACUCUCGUCGAGGUCUCUCUUCUGGGUACGACCCUCAAGCCGCGUGUGCCUACCAUUCUGGAGCGCCCGGUCAUUCGACCAGUAACUGUUGGGUACUAAAACAUAAGAUCCAGGACAUGAUCGAAGCAGGAAAUAUAGUGAUUAAGGAAAAGGGAAGAACAAGGACCGAACAUAAAUGGCCCAGAAUAAAACCGCCUGACCCUUUGGAUAUCACUGUUCAGAAAUUUGAUGGCAGCGAUCUCAUAAAUGUGAAUUUGAAUUUCAAAAAUGAGAGGAGUGGGGAAGAGGCAUCCGAAAAUGUUUCAAAGAAGCCCGAAUGGAAUAAAAGAAGUUCAAGCCAAAUCGUGAUCAAGAUUAGGAAUAAGAAGCAGUUAAACACAGUCUAUCGUGGUCAAUAUGAUCAAGAGGAUUGGUCUGUGAUUACCAUUAAAGGGUCAAAUCAUGACCAUUCAGACAAGAAGGCAAAGCAUUAA